GUUAACAUAACCUCAAAAGCCGUGAGAUCGAAUCGAGAAAUAAUUUGAUGUUUAGUGUUUUUGUUAGUAAAUAAAAUUAGAAUAAAUAAUGUCCAAUCCACAAGAUGAAUUGUGCCCACCACCAAAUGAAGAUGAUGAGCUGACACUUCCCCGCGCUAGCAUAAAUAAGAUGAUAAAGGAAUUGAUUCCCUCGAUACGGGUGGCUAAUGAAAGCCGGGAAUUGAUUCUAAAUUGCUGCACAGAAUUCAUUCAUCUGAUUAGCUCAGAGGCGAAUGAAGUGUGCAAUUUACGCAAUAAAAAGACAAUAAAUGCUGAACAUGUGCUCGAAGCCUUGGAGAGAUUGGGAUUCCGGGACUACAAGCAGGAAGCUGAGGCAGUUCUCAAUGACUGCAAAGCCGUGGCGGCCAAGAGGCGUCGACAGAGUACACGGCUGGAGCACCUGGGCAUACCGGAAGAGGAACUACUUAGGCAGCAGCAGGAACUUUUUGCAAAGGCCCGCGAGGAGCAAGCUGCAGCCGAACAGGCUCAAUGGUUCAGCAUGCAGGCGGCCGUUGGGCAGCAGAAAGACAAUGGAGUGGACGAAAACGAUGACGAUGGCGAGGAAUAUUAAUAAAAAAAAACAUGUUCAAGUGCAUUUUGCAAAUUUUCACAUGGAAUUACAAAAUUCAGAAAGCCA